UGCGGUCAUAAGUUCAGAGGUGUCCUCUUGCGUGCUUACAGACGACGACGGCGACGACAUUAGAAACGCGCGCGCGUGCAUUCGGCAAACUUCGCUGGUCAGAUAAACGCGGUGGCUGCUAUUAAUAAGGAGUCAAUCAUUCUGCUAGGCUUCAAGUGCUACUAGGAGCGUGUUCAUAGAUUGCGGAUCGCGAACGGAUUUUCUGAGUGGAUUGCAGUUUGAAGCUGCUUUUGGAUAGAACAUUUGUGCAAUCAUGAAGCUUUUGUUCGUAUGCACCUUCGUAUUCCUCGUCGCCAAUCUCACAACGGCUCAGGACGAAGUUCAGAUUGUGCAGUUUACGAAUGACAACAACCCUGACGGAAGCUACAACUUUGCAUACGAACAAUCCGAUGGCCAGAAGCGUGAGGAAACGGGAGUGCUGAAACCGGUGGAAGGCGCUGAAGCGCCUGCAAUUUCCGUCACGGGAUCGUAUGAAUUCACCGAUCCCACCGGGCAGCGCUACCGGGUGGACUACACUGCUGACGAACGCGGAUAUCGGCCAACGGUGACUAAGCUGUAAAGAUUUCCUACCGAUGGAUGUGUAGGUAAUGCAAUAGUACAACCAUGGAAGGAUUUGAGAUUAUAAUAAAUGAUUUCGAAAGAACGAUGAU